AUGGCUCUCGACGAGCAUGUGGUUUCGCGCCUCCGAGGCAUUGUAGACAACGCCUGUGCAGACCAAAAGUCCGGUAUCCCCGGGUGCACGGUCGUUGUUGUUCGCAAAGAUGGUACCGAACUAUUCGCCCACUCUGCCGGUAAGAGAGGCACGGCGUCCAAUGACAACAUGUCUCUGGACAACAUCUUCUGGAUUGCGUCUUGCACGAAGAUGGUGGUGGGUAUUGCCUGCAUGCAACUCGUUGAGCAGGGCAUUCUCGCGCUGGAUGAUGGAGAGCAGACGGAGCGUUUGUGCCCUGAAUUGAAGAGUCUCAAGGUUCUGCGACCAGAUGGCACUUUUGAGGAGAAGAAGCGAGCCAUUACUCUGCGGAUGCUCUUGAGCCAUACGGCUGGAUUUGGCUACACGUUUUUCAAUGAAAGACUGAGAGAUUGGUCGUACCCGGUGGGCGUGGACGAAUUCUCUGGGCGGUUUGAAGACAUGAAGCUUCCUCUGCUCUUCCAGCCUGGAGAAAGCUGGGAAUACGGUGUUGGUAUCGACUGGGCGGGAAUUGCAUUGGAGCGUGCAACCGGCCUGUCGCUCAAUGACUACCUGCAGAAGAAUGUCCUCCAGCCUCUUGGGAUCAAGGACAUGUCCAUGAUUCCGAGUCACGAUAUGCGCCGGAGACUGGCGUACAUGAACGUCAGAAACCUAGACGGAACUCUCAGGGACCGAGACCACCUUCUUCGAGCGCCCCUGGUUAUUGAUCCCGACAACAAGGCCGAGGUCGGCAGGUUAUUCAACAGCGGCGGAGCAGGCAUGUUCGCCAAGCCGCAGGAGUACUGCAAGGUCCUAUCUGUGCUGCUCAAUAACGGCACCUGCCCUAAAACGGGGAGCAAGUUGCUUUCCAAGAAGACCGUCGACGAAAUGUUCACCAACCAAAUCCCUCAGUUCCCCAACUACAGUCGUCAAGGGAUCGCAGCUGCAAAGCCGGACCUAACCAACCCUAUUGGUGAGCUGUAUCCAGUCAGUGGGGACCCGCCACAGGGCUGGGGUCUCACGUUUAUGCUGAGCAACGGUGGUGCGACAGGACGGUCAAAGAGCACAGCGCACUGGGCUGGGCUGCCGAAUCUGUGGUGGUGGGCGGACAGAGAGAAGGGGGUUGCGGGGAUUAUUUGUACGCAGAUUCUGCCAUUUGCAGAUAUCAAGGUGCUUGGUUUAUGGGGAGCAGUCGAGGCCGAGAUAUACAAAGCACUGGCUUAG